AUGUCUGCAACUACAAACCCCCUCCACGGGACUUCAUCCUCGACCCUCCGCCCCAUUUCGUCCCGCACUCUCACCAUUGCCGGCAUCCUCGUCGACAUCUAUGGCCUCGACGAAGUGCCUGCCGCUGCAUCCUCGGUCGCCUGCCUUUGGCUGCUCAAUCCGCGCCUCCAGACGAAAGAAACCAUGCAGCCCGUCGCCACUCGAGUCAUCUCAACAUGGCACAGCCGCAUACAAGAGGGUCGCGCCGGCAAGAACCCCAAAGGCCUCAUAGCUGUCGCAUUUGACCAGCGCAACCACGGCUCCCGCAACGUCGACGACUUGCACAAUCAGUCUUGGCGAGACGGCAACGAGACUCACGCCCAGGACAUGUUUGGCUGCUACCACGGCACUGCUACCGACACCUCGCAGCUCAUCAACCACCUCGGAUCCUACAUCUUCACCGCCCCAGAUGCCCCCAAGAUCCAACAGCACUUUGCUCUCGGCGUCUCACUGGGCGGACAUGCGACCUGGCAUUGUUUGUUGGGCGACCGGCGCAUCACUGCCGGCGUCGUGGGCAUUGGCUGCCCCGACUACACCCGCCUCAUGACCGACCGCGCACGUCUGUCCAAGCGCAAGACCUACACCGCCACCACACCACCCGGCAGUGCCUUUCUCGGAUCCUCCGACUUUCCCAAAGCCCUGCAGGACGCAAUUGCCCAGUAUGACCCCGCAGGUCUUAUGCUGCCCGGCAUGUUCAAUCCCACAGCCGACGACAAGCAGCCCGACCAAGCACAAUUGGACCGGAUGAAGGCCCUGAUGCGGGAACGUCUACAAGGCAAACGCAUACUCAACCUCAGCGGGAGAAUAGACAAGCUCGUCCCUUAUGCAGCCGGCGAGCCCUUUCUCAACAUCUUCAGGCGCAUCAUUGCAGAUGAUGCCAGUCUUGAUAUCGCGUUUGACGACAUCCUGUUCGAUGGUGUCGGACAUGCAUUUCCUCAAGCCAUGGUAGAUUACGCUGCAGAGUGGCUGUGCAGCCUUUUGGCAAAGGAUGAUGCUGGGCAUGUAUCGAGUAAGAUAUAG